AUGAGUGGUAGCAAUAAGAGUGAUACUAAAUUAGAUAAUGAGAUAAGAGUGAGUUAUAAAAGUGAUGCUUUAGAUUACGUCUAUAAGGCAAUAGUUUUGUUUGAAACAUACGAUGAAGUAAUAUUAUCAGGGGUGGGUAAGGCAAUUAGUUCUGUUGUUAAUGUUGCUGAGAUGGUUAAGAGAAGAGCGAAAGGUAUACACCAAUUUACAAAACUUUAUGAAAAAGAACAUAUAAUUAAAAGAGAGGAUACCAGUGGAUUAAAAAAAAACACAAAGUAUGAUAAUAAAAUAUCAACUGAAGAGGAAGAAGAUGAAGAAAAUAAUAAAAAUAAAACAACUUCAAAUAGGAUAAUUGAAUUUAGUACCACAGUUCCAUGCAUGAAAAUAAUUUUGUCUAAAAAUGAAGAGAAAAUUGAUAAAAAUGAGAUUGGAUACCAGAAACCCCUAGAUGAAAAGGAGAUUAAUGUGAUGACUCCUGAGCAAAUACUAAAAGAAAAAGCCUAUAGAAGAAGAUAUAGAAGAGGAAGAGGAGAUAGAGGAAGAGGAUAUCGUAGAACAUACUAUGAAGCUUCAAUGUGGAAUAACAGAAGAUAUGAAAAAAGAAAUUAA